AUGCACAAGAUCACCAAUUUCACCGGUCAAGCUCGUCAUGGAUGGGAGAGGAUGACUCCAGCCUUUGGCAUGUCCCGUCCCCAUCAGGACAUGUCCAACCAGGCUCUUCGACGGCCCCAUGGCCCUCCUCCAGUCACAGUGCCGCCGGGUGUCGAUACCACCGUCACCCUCUCCUUCAACGUCCCUUUCUCCUCGACCCUAGCUGGCCCAAAUCCUGAAGAUAUCCUACACUCAAGUCCGGGUGCUUUCCAGCGGUGGACUUUUCCUGAAGAAACCCCCGAAGGCACGCCGAUCCACAAACUUCCGGUCCACGUGAGCAAUCUGGAUGCUUUGAGAAAGCUAUGUCGCAGUGUCAGCGACUCCAGUCAUGGCAGAAUUGAAGCCACCGUCACAUCUUCAGAGCCCAAGGCUGUCGCAUCGUUACAACGUCGUCCGCAGGGACUGGUUACCAAUGUAUGCAUUUCCGGUGACGGCGAGACUGUUCAACAAGUACGGCAGAACAUUUUGAAGGAGACUCCAAUCGCUCUGACGUGCGCGACCGUGGAUAUAGAUGUCAACCUAGUUAUGGAUUCGAAUACAAACGGAAUCCGAUCGAGUGUACUCGAACACCUCGACACUUUGGCUAGAUAUACCGGAGCAGAUAUUUUUCUUUUGAGCCCUAAAAUUAUCGAUGCCGACAGCGCUGUUGUGUCUUCAUACGGACACUCCACUGAAAGCGGGCUGGAUCACCGGUUCCGCGUUGCAAUCUAUAGCGAUGUUGAGAGUACAGAACAUGCCAAAACUAGAGUUUUGAUCAUGAUUGACCAAAUAUUAAAACGCCGAGUAGACGCUAUGAAGCUUGAGCUAUCCAUGCAUACCCUCGUUUGUGGCCGUACCCGCAAGAAUAUCAAGCUCAUCGAGGCGCAAACGAAUACGGCCAUAUAUUUUCCACCGCCAUUCCCGCGAGUUUUUGGCUAUACACCUCCCGGUGGUAACCGCAGAAGCGAAGACGAGGUUUAUAUUACUGGCGAAUCUCAAGAACAAAUUGGUCAGGCUAAGAAAAAAUUGCACGACCUGGUCACGGGAGUGAAGAUUUUUAUGAAGAACGUUAAACUGUCCUCGAGUAAAAUCGAUAAUAUUCUUCUGGAUCGUCUGGACAAGGUUCGCAAAGUCAUGGAAGCUAAUGGCACGUAUGUCCUUUUCCCAUCAUUGGGCAGUCAGCAUGGUAUGGUUCGUGUUCAAGGAACGGAAGUUCUUCAUAUUGAACGAACCGUGAGGGAGAUCAUGGCAUUGGCUGGCCAAUUCUACAGCGCUUCCUGGUGGCUCAUACUGCCCGACCCUACCCAAGCGGGUUCCAUGCGUGGCCCGUCCCCAGCUGAUGUUAGAACGAUGCUUUCCGAUAUCUGCACCAACUCGGGCGCUGAAGUCAGCUUCGACAAGCUGACUUUCACCAUUAAUGGCUCCGAUGAUUCUGUCAAAGCGGCUAUGAUGGUGAUUCAGCAGAUUCCUUUCGUGAAACGUACACCUUAUCAGAUGCGUGUUAAGAUAGAGCUGGCGAACGAGCAUAAGGAAUUUGUGAGUGGCAAGAAGAAUGGCAAGAUCAAUAAGAUCAUGGGUCAAAGCAAUGUCCAAAUCAUUUUCGAUGGCUUCAAUGAGUAUAAUUUCUACAUCGAUGUUUGCGGAACACAGUAUGAUGCAACUAGGAACGGGCUCGACCUGGUCGAACAAGAAAUGCCUGCGUCCAUAUCAUUCCAUGUUCCUGACCAGUACCACAAGCGAAUCAUCGGUAUUGGUGGGCAACAUAUCCAACGCAUCAUGAAGAAAUAUUCCGUCUUCGUCAAGUUUUCAAACGCAAUGGACCGCGGAGGAGUUGGCAAGGAUGACGAUGACGUUAAAGUUGACAAUGUCAUCUGUCGUACUCCUGCUCGGAAUGCUCAGAAUCUUGAACUGGUAAAGCAGGAGAUCAUGGAUAUGGUGGAGAAAGUCGAUGCGGAAUUUGUUUCUGAAACUGUCGUCAUCAACCGUCUAUACCAUCGUGAACUCCUUGCCCGCAUGUCUGAGAUUGAAGAACUUGAGAAGAAAUGGAAUUGCAAAAUUGACUUCCCAAGCACUGAACUGGCUAGUGAUUUUGUUACCAUCUCCGGACCCGAAUAUCAAGUUCCUCAGGCGGUUGAUUCAUUCUUGCGUAUGGUUCCUGAGAGCCACGAGCUUUCAUUUCAGAGUUCCGCAGAUCUUCGCGACUUCUUCAAGUCUCCCGAGUUCUGCAACGACCUUCGGGCUAAACUCAAGGAACAAUACGAAGUCGAUGCAGUUGCCGACAUGAGUGCAGAAACCCCUGUCUCCUCCGAGAACGAGCCUCCCCCAGAGGACCGAAUUAUCCUCGGGUACACACGAAACAACGCUGGUGGACUCAAGGAUGCGAUUGAUUUCCUCAUUUCGCGGCUAGUGUCGCAUGGCCUCGACGCCACUACCGUCAAGGGAGCCAUCCCCCGCCCAAAAUCAGACUCGUUCGAAGAGUCAUUGCCCUUUUUCGAUUCUAAAUUGCUCCAACACGCCCCAGCACCAAUCGUAACUGACUCCCCAACUCGCCACAAUUUCUCAGAUGACACAAGCGACCGUGGCUCUAUUUUCGAACGUCUCCGCAAACCAGGCAGCAUCUCCUCCUUCUCUUCCUUCAUCGGACGCAAAAACCAAUCCGGAUCUCCCGGCUCUUUCUUCAAGCAUGCCUCGAGCAACGCGUCUAAAGCCUCCCUGGUCUCCAUGGAAUCCCGUGACAGCGGCUAUCGUAACCCAUGGAAUGAUUCCGGCGUGAACCUACCCGAAGAGGACGUCCUCAACACCAAUGGCUGGGCCUCGCGUUUCGACAACAAAUUUCCCUUCGGUUCUACACCCAGAGACAUGACGCCUAAACAUGACCUCCGCGCUUCGUUUGACAGUGGCCGUCCUAGUACCUCCAAUUCUACCUCUGGAUACCCGGCCCCCAUUGGGCCACCACGUUGA